AUGGUAUUCUCUGAAGUGGCAUAUCUUGCCUCUGUACGUCGAUUGGAUAUUCGUGGAACAAUAGAUACAGAAAGGUUGUCACCAAAGAUAGAAUAUGUUGCUUAUUUGGUGUUCAAGUUGGCAAAUAGGUGCAAUGGACUUGAAUCUGCUAAAUCAAGUAUUAAGUUUGUUAAUUAUGAGAGUGAAAUUGAUACUCAAAAUCAGGCCAACACUGUGCACCUUGCAAGAUUGCAAGGAAGUGGGGAUAUCCCAAAAAUGAGAGGAGAUGGAUGGAUGAAAGUAAAAUUGGGAUAUUUUAAUAGCAAGAAAGGCACUAAUGGUCCUGUUGAAGCAAGAUUGAUUAAGAAGAAACGUAUUUACAACGGUGGACUAAUUGUUAAAGGAAUUCAGUUUUGUCUCAAAUAG